GCCGCGGCCGGUUUCGACUUGUCUGCUGCAGCGGAGACGGUGAUUCCGGCCGGUGGCAAGGCAGUUGUGAAGACUGGCCUCUCCAUUGCGGUCCCAGAGGGCACCUAUGCGCGCAUCGCACCGCGCUCUGGACUGGCGGUGAAGAAAAUGAUCAACACAGGAGCAGGAGUUGUGGACCACGACUACCGUGGGGAGGUCGGCGUGGUCCUCUUCAACCAUGGCACAGAGGCUUUCCCCGUUGCAGUUGGGGACCGCGUCGCGCAGCUGAUUCUUGA